CAAAUGUUUACAGUAAGUAGAAUAGGAAUUGUCUUCCUCUCUCACAAAUGAAGCAACAGCAAAGUGGUACAGCUUCUCAGCUGUUCCAAGUUCCUCAAAUAAGUUUUACUUUUGCAAACCAAACACUCUAACUUCCUGUAUUCUGUGAGCUGCGUUAUGAGCAACAUGACUGGCAGUCGCAUUUGUUGUAAUUUUUUAAAUAUGUGGAAAAAAAGUAAGAUAUCAACUAUGUAUUACCUGAACCAAGAUGCCAAAUUAUCUAACUUGUUUCUCCAGGCAAGCAGCCCAACGACAGGAACAGCUCCCAGGAGCCAGUCACGGUUGUCUGUCUGUCCAUCUACUCAGGACAUCUGCAGGAUCUGUCACUGCGAAGGGGAUGAAGAGAGCCCCCUCAUCACCCCCUGUCGCUGCACGGGCACCCUGCGCUUUGUCCACCAGUCCUGCCUCCACCAGUGGAUCAAGAGCUCUGACACGCGCUGCUGUGAGCUCUGCAAAUAUGACUUCGUAAUGGAGACCAAGCUCAAGCCCCUCCGGAAGUGGGAGAAACUACAGAUGACCACGAGUGAAAGGAGGAAAAUCUUCUGCUCUGUCACAUUCCACGUAAUCGCAAUCACCUGCGUGGUCUGGUCCUUGUAUGUAUUAAUAGACCGGACAGCGGAAGAAAUCAAGCAAGGCAACGAUAAUGGUGUCCUUGAAUGGCCAUUUUGGACAAAACUGGUUGUGGUGGCCAUUGGCUUCACAGGAGGUCUCGUCUUCAUGUACGUUCAGUGUAAGGUCUACCUUCAGCUGUGGCGCAGGCUGAAGGCCUACAACCGUGUGAUCUUUGUGCAAAAUUGUCCAGACACUGCCAAAAAGCUGGAGAAGAACUUCUCAGGUAAUGCAAACACAGACAUCAAGGAUGCUGUGGUUGUGCCUGUAUCACAAACGGGUACCAGCGCACCGCCGCCUGCAGAGGGCGGCCCCCCUGAAGUUGUACCAGUUUGACGAAGCCAGUUGGGAGUUUCUUCACUGCAGAAUAAGCCCUCAGCCACUACAAAGGACAGAAGUGACCCUGAUCUAGUCUCUCCAUCUCCUCCUCUGUCUCCUGCUGACUCGUUUUUCCUUACUUCGCACAAAAAGGAAGGGAGAAAAAAACACCAAAUGUCCAGGAUCUCAUGAAGCAAAGCCUCAAGUGUGAUACGGAAAUGUGAAAAGUUUGCCAGAGAAUGAUUUCUAAGACAAUUAAGCACUAUUGGGGUGAGGCUUCUAGGCAAUGACAAGAGACUUAAUGGACACACGAUACUCUUCACAGCAACAGGGAAAAGUGGAAAAACACAGACUUGAAUUGCAAUGCGUGUUUCCUCUAGGGCCUUGUAGGAUAACUAUCUCAUCUGGAAAUAACAUAUUUGGUUUAAAGCUUGAAACUGCCUGCAUCAUCCCUAGUCACACCGGAAAUAAAACUGGAGGAUGCAUAUUUUGAUAUUCAUACUUUGACAGAUAACAGAUUUUUACAGCUAUAGUGGAGUCAAUUGUUUUGACAGAUGCAUGUUUUUAAAAUAGUUGCAAGACACAUUUGAAAUAUUAAUACUUGGAAUUAUGUUUAAGUCAUGAACAAAAGAUUUACAGAGAAUUUUUUGGUUUAAUUAGUUCUGAUCUGUUAAAACACUCUCAGAAGUUGAAACCAACGAUGGGGUCCUAUAAUUUAUCUCUUUAUUUGUCCCUCUAAAACAGCACUGUCCAGUAGAAAUGAAUGUGAGCCACACAUGUGGGCCACAGAUACAAUUUUAAAUUUUCUAGUAACUAUAUUAGAAAAAAAAAUAGGUGAAAUUAAUUUUGAUAAUAUUUUAACCCUUUAUUUCCAAAUUAUCAUUUUAACAUGUUAUCAGUAUAAAAAAUUAUUAGUGAGAUAGUUUACAUCUUGUUUUUUUUUGAACCAAGUCGUCAAAAUCCAUAUGCAUUUUAUCUUCACAGCAUAUCUCAAUUUGAACUACUGUAUUUUUACGCAAAUAAUACUAGCUUCUACAUUUCUUUGCCCCGCAAGGUAUUUUCGUAAGUGCACUAUAAUUUUUAUCACCGUGACAUGUUAAAAAAAAAAAAAAUAGCACAGUGGUGCUUACGAAAAUACCUCACGGGGGAAGGGCAGGGUUGGCAAACAAACAUAGGAGGCACAAGUUAUCUGAGUAAAAAUGCAGUAACCAUAUUGGACAGCACAGCCUAAAAUGAGAGACUAAGGCUCUACUUUUAAUAGCUGAAUGUUUUAGAACAGCAGCUCACUUCAUCCUUUUAUUCAAAGUCUCACAAAUGUUACCAAUUUACAAAGCACUAAAUUAACCAAAUUAAAUAUCCCGCUUCAAGACUGGAUGAAGCUAUCACCCCCAGAAGUAAGUAAAGCAAUCUGCCUGCGUAAAAGUUCUGCAAUUAACUUCUUUUAAUUACUAUGAAGCACUUACGCCAUAGGAAAACAAAAAUGAAGUAUUUUUGUCAUCCAAUCAAAUGUGUAAGGUUAUGAGGUAUUUUUUACUCAUAUGAGGUAUCAACCUGACAAAUGAGUAGUUAUGGCCAAGCAUCUAAACCCUAUUAAAAGCUGACAGUAUAUCCCUUGCUCAGCUGGGAAGCAAAAAUAGUCACCAGAGUCUGUAAGUGAGAAAUUGAGUUGCUUUGGUUUGACAGUUCAGUGGAUUACUGUGCAUAUUCAUGUAAAAUUGAAGUGUGACUGAUAUCGCAGUGAGCUACAUUAAUGACUAUAGAUAUAGUGGCCUGUCAAAAAAGAUAUCCUAUGUAAAAAGAGAGGUGGUUUAUCUUUGUUAGCUGUCGUAUUUAUUACUAUGGAAAGGCAACCAUCACGGCGCCAAGAACCAAAGCGUGGGUCCUGUACUGCACAAAUCUGGGGGUCACACCAACGCACUCUGUAAUUAACAGUGUCCUUGCUCCUCACAGAUUAUCAUAGGAACGGACAGUAACAACCUUUUAGUUAGUGAAAGGAUGGUAUUAAUAUUGGUAGUGCUGACAAUGAGUUCAAAUAGUCCCAAUUCCUACGGAUUUUUUUUAAAAAAAAAAAAAGGUAAACAACGUCAGCUUUGUGUGCGUGUGGUGUGUGUGUUCAUGUAUACAUGAGAAAAAUGUUAAGAUUUUCAGUCAAUCAGGAAAUAAAAGGUUUAAAACUCAUCUUUCUUAAAACUUGUAGGGGUGUGGAAGAAAGGCAUAGGCAGAACAAAGUAGCUGGAACGAAACUGGGUCAAAAAUUCUGCAUAAAUAAGGGCACAGGAAAUGGUGUUUUAAAAAAUACAUAAACUUUUGAGAAACUAUACUUCGUAUUAACUUCAAGUUUCUGUUUCAAAGGUUUAAGGUAAAUAUAUUCGUGUAUAACAAACUGGGUGAUUUAACCAUGGCGCCUCACCUGAGGCAUUCACCUGGAUUCGAUUUUCCUGUUAAUUUUCUUCAACUUUUACCUAAUUCAUUUUUCCUGUGAUUUAGCAAUGGCAACAUGUUGUUUACAAACAUUCCUGGAGGAAAAAAAUCUAGUCACCAGCAAACAAAGACAUGUUGAUUGCUCUUUUGUUUGCACUGGAGGAAAAAAGGGUUAUUUAGCUGAAUUACUACCAAAAAUACUGUUUAAUUCUGCACAAAUCAAAGCAAGAUACGUCUAAGUGCACAGCCCAUGUCAUAGUGGGAGAUAAUUGGCUAAAAUAAGGCCUAUUUAUUAAAGGCUAUGUUCAACACUAAGAAAAGGUAUUUAGAAAGAAAUGCAAGGGUAGCAUUACUGUUAAAAAAAAAAAAAAAAAAGUUGCCAUCGAGUCGUUCUGACUCAUAGCGACCCUACAGCAUUACUAUAGUAACGAUAAACAAUGGUAUUUUAGAAUUAUACCUAAAUUCUCAAAAUUAACUUUUAUGGGCUUUGACUUUAUUGAAAUGAGAAAAUAAUAUAGCUCCCUAACAGGUUAAAGUCAGCAAUUUAUUCUGUUAUUUUUCUGACCCUUUUUAAACCCUGAACUCCUGAAUUUAAACCUUCUAAAACAUUUUUCCUAUGAUGGCUGCUUAUGGUUCAAGCAAUCUGAAAGAACUACAUGCAUUUAAAACCUACUGCUGAUUACAGUAUUUUUACAUUUUUUGUGUGGUGAUGGUUCACCUGACCUUUCAAACAAUGAAAGGAUCUGGCUUUGUGGCAAUGCUUUUCUGGGCUGAAUAUAACCCUCAAAAACACAAACAAAAAAACCUUGCUCCCAGGAAUGACAGUUUUUUGAAGCUUGUUUUACCUGGUCAUAGAAGAAAUAAAAUGGGAUUGAAACAAAAGACUGGAAUCGAAUAAUAAACUUACAGUUCUGUUAAAAACCUAGGCUUUUUACAAUCAUGAAUCUGUGGUAUUAUCAAUAUCACAAACCACAGAUAUUUACACUGUUAAUUUUCUAACUAAAGAACUGUCACUUUUAUUGUAUACAUUGUUCAUCAAAGACUAAAUUCUAAAGGAAUGGAAGUCCAGUAUUUUUUAAAAAGUGAAGAGUCCAAAAGGCAAUUAAGCUUAAGCACAAAAACAAAAGAAAAGCCGAAACAAAAAGGACGGCACCAACCAACCUGGGAGACAGCGGUGUCUGCGAAGCGGAAGGAGGACAGGUAUAUACUGAAAGAAUCUUUCUAAAUGGCCAGGACUGAACUCACCCUGAGCUGCCUGUUCCAUGUGAUCACAGUCCUGCAGAGAUGGUCUCAUAGUGAUACUUUAUCUGGCUUUGCAAAAGGUCCUUAAGUACACCUAAAACAUCUAUUCUUUGCCUGGAAAAUUAACUCAUUAGAUCAAUGACAUCGUUAACCCAUUGCUGUGGAGUCCAUUCCAACUCACAGCGACCCUGGAGGACAGAGUAGAACUGCCCCAUAGGGUUUCCAAUGCGUAGCUGGUGGAUUCGAACUGCCGACCUUUUGGUUAGCAGCCUGAGCUCUUAACCACUGUGCUACCAGGGCUCCAUGACAUCAUUAAACCAAACCAAAAACCGAACCCCUUGCCAUCAAGUCGAUUCCGACUCACAGUGACCCUACAGGCAUUCAACUGUCAUCAGGGCAGGGUGGGGAAGAUUGUUACAUCUGGCAGAGUUUACCUUCCCUGACCUGGCUACUUAGUAUUCUGGACUAGAACAGAGCACUUCAAACCCGUUCUUGUUAUUACUGUAGUUGUUACAUAAUGACAGUGCAGGCUCACGCUUUAAGAAAGAUGAAAACCUUUUUUCCUUUCCAUAAGUCAGCCCAAUGGUGCUAUUUUACAUACCAACGCAGAUGGAAGAAGUACUGUUCUUUUGGGCUGCAGUGUUUCCUCCACAUCUGAAAAAAGCCCAUUUUGAAAGUAUUACAUUAAAACAAACAAGGAAAACAUUAUUUUGACUGUGUGCAAUUUUUGAGACUGGGCAUUUGCACUAUUUUACCUGAUCCUCUUGCAUUAACAAUUUAAUGUUUUGUGAAUAAUGUGUAUGAAGACAAAUUAAGAGAAAGUAAUUGUGUGUGAAAGACUUUGUAUAUUAAACAUGUGACCCAAACUUCUGUUGUGCUUUCUCUUUUAGCCUAAA